AUGAGAUUACGCAUCUCUAGACCGCAUGUACGGGUCUCACAGGGUGAAUCUGCAUUUGCCGCAGGCAAUGCCCGGUGGACGAAUCGUGAUCUCGACCCGAUUGCCAAGAAUGCGCGCAAAUGGGGUGUACUCAGUAUAGUAGCAUAUUGGAUCUCCGAUGCUUUGCAAGCCGCGACCUGGCAAUUCGCCAGCGGUAUGAUUGCCGUCGGCCUCACAUACCGUGAAGCACUCGGCAUCGUCGCCUUAUCCUUCUUCAUCAUUUCAUUGGUUAUCGCAGCAAAUGGUACCGUGGGUGCCAUAUACCACGUGCCAUUUCCCGUUAUCGCACGUGCCAGCUGGGGCUUUUGGGGCUCAUAUAUCGCUAUCAUUUCACGAGUUAUACUUGCUGUCUUCUGGUUUGCGAUCCAGAAUGUCAAUGGCGGAAAUGCAGUUCGUGUCAUGAUUGGAGCAAUCUGGCCAAGCUUUUUGGAGCUUCCAAAUGGUAUCCCCGAGUCACAGGGCAUCACGACCAGCGGUAUGGUCGGAUUUCUACUCUUCUGGCUGCUCCAAGUUCCAUUUCUAUGCAUGCACCCAAACAAUUUGCGCUGGCUUUUUACAGCCAAAUCAGUUGUGGUUCCUAUCACCUGGUUUGCUAUCUUAAUAUGGGCAUUCGUCAGUGUGAAAGGUGGUGGUGGUGUCUUUGACCAACAGGCCCCAACCGUCUCCGGUUCCAAGUACAGCUGGCUGUUCUUGGCCAAUAUGACAUCGGUUCUGGGGAAUUACGCACCCUUGAGCUUAAACCAGAGCGAUUUCAGUCGCUACUCUCGCGUCAGUGUGAAAUGGCAGCUCCUCUAUAUCCCCAUGCUUCCUAUGGUAUUCACAUUUUUCUCAUUCAUUGGCAUUGCCGCUUCGUCCGCCGGUCAGGCUCACUAUAAGCUCGAGUCCAUUCCAUGGGACCCAAUGGUUCUUAUCAGCUACUGGCCCAACCGUGCGUGUCGGUUUUUCGCCGCCGCUUCCUUCACACUAGCCGCUCUGGGCGUGAAUAUCUCGGCGAACUCUCUCUCAGCCGCUAACGACUUCACCGCACUAGCACCACGCUAUAUCAAUAUCAGGCGUGGCCAGCUUCUAUGUGCUUUGUUAUCCUGGUGUCUUGUUCCCUGGAAAAUCCUUGCAUCGGCCGGCAACUUCCUCAAUUUCAUGUCUGCAUAUGCCAUCUUCCUUGGCCCUAUUGCUGCAAUCAUGAUGUUUGACUUUUGGGUUAUCAAUCGUCGUCGAUAUGACUGUCUCGCUCUAUACCAGCCGAAUAAUCCCACAUAUCGGUAUACAUUCGCUAUCCCGGGUCUCGCGGGCAAGACUAUGUCUGGUACAAACUGGCGCGCUGUGGUCGCUUUUAUUGUUGGCGUUGUGCCGUCUCUUCCUGGGCUGAUCAACUCGGUAAACUCUCAUAUUGAUGUUGGUCUCGGUAUACAUCCAUUUGAGUUUGGGUGGCUGUUGGGCUUUGUUGCGACUUCUAUUGUAUAUCUCCUGUUAUCAUGGCUGUUCCCUGCGAAGGAGACCCAGGUCGACCGCGCUAUUCUACCCGAUGAGAUAUAUGAUAGAGGUACUGUGCUGGAUGGACUGGAAUCAGACGAUCCGGACAGGAAGGAUGUGGUUACUGAUACACAGGAGAAAGAUGUUGAAAAGGCUGUCUAG